AUGACUAGUCAUCGUCCCAACAUCACGCUUAACGACCAUGGGGACAUGGAGGAGUUUGACCUACCUGGUGAGGAAGACACCUUCAUUCAGUGGAGCCUUAAAUUGAAGCAUAGCUACAUUCAGUACAGCCUUGGAGCAAGGCUAACCUCCAAGCCGCUCGAGACAACACCAGCUGGGCCCUGUCUGGCAUAUCGCAAUACCCGCAAGGUGGCGCGCGGAAAGGGAGCCGGGAACCAGCUUAGUGACACACAGCUUCAGAUUGUUGUCCAGAGCCUCCGCUUGGUGUCACUGUCCUGCUUCAGCCGGUUGCAGGCACGAGCGGGAGUCAGUCUAAUACAACUUCUCCACACGACCACACAGCUUGUCACAGUAGACAGUGUCACGCGAAAACUUCUCACGAUGGCAAACUUGAUCGGAGUCUGGAAAGUGGUGCCCGAACGGACCACUGGCCAUGAUGAGUUUGCUACGGCACUAGGUAUGACGGACACGGAACGCGAGGCAACUCGCGACAUGGUCUACACCAUGUAUUUGUCACGUGACGGCGAGGUGUGGCACAUGAAGAACGAUCUUGAAGAUGGAACAGUGUUUAUGGACGUCAAGUUCACGAUGGGAGUUCCCUUCCACUAUCUGAGUAUAGACAAGGUCACUAAACUGACGAGUGUCAUCAGACUACAGAACGAUCGCUUUGUUGAGAAGCUGACGGUCAACAAAGACGGUGUGAUCAAGGAACUGGACGUAGAAACGUAUCGAGAAGGGGACUUCGUCGUUACGACACAGACCAAGGAUGGCAAGAUCGAGAAAAGUUACCUGAGAAAACUCUGACCAGAAUCCCACACAAGCGACUGAUUUUAUCCUAACAAUAUGUCACUACGAAACAUGUACCGCCCAUGGUUGCUUCAGUUUGACACAGAAAGAAAUCUGUCUAAUACGGACUCUAACUUUUCAAGAUGUAUACAGUCCCAAACGAAUUAUGUUAACUUAAAGAUGAGCCUAUUUAAUCCAGACACUGACUAUACCGGAUAUAUGUCAACUUGUUUAUUCACUGCAAAUUUAGAGUCUAUAAGCACAUUAUUUCAGGUAACUUAAAAAGGAACCUUGUCUAUUCAAGACUCUGACUAUUACGGAUUUAUGUCAGCUUCUUUAUUCACAUUAGUUCAACAUAUUUGCUACGUAUGUUUGUUUUCUUUGUUGAUGCAUGAUGCGUGUACAAUGCAGUGUUUUGUAACAAUGUAAUAUUUGAGACUAAUUAUACUGUACCAAAUAAUAUUUGGAUCAGACGUAAA